ACCACACAGGAGACUCCAGAGAGCAGGCUACAGUACAACCCGUUGUGUUUUGUAAGUCGAUUUUCCUGAAAGCGUCAGGUAAAUUACGAAAUUGGAAUUUGUCUAACUACAUUGCGGUAAGGCUUGCCUGGGCAAUCUAUCGUUUAAUUGUAUUAUAUAGACAGUAUUUAGAAUAUUUGUUUAUAAACAUUUGUCCUUAGUUUACGCGCAGUCGCGCUCUUCGUUCACGAAAUUUGGCUACUCAAAAGGAGAUUGAGGAUACUCCAGAAAGUCACUCACUAGAUGUUGAUGUAUACAAGAGUAGCUCGACCUGUUCAACAGCUUUGAAAAGGUGAGUACGGUGCUACUGAAGAAACUGCAGCGGACCUUCAACCACAGGUAGCCUACACGAUCUGACCCGCGAAUGAAAAUCGUCUGGGAGCGCCUGUCCGCGCAUCGUCACAGCCAUGUCACUGGGCACAUUUCACCUGAUGCAGACUCUAAAGAAGUCCCCGGCCGCAUUACGACGUCGGUUUCAGCGCGAUCGUACUGAGAGCUUGUCGCACGGUGACCCUCUCUUCAAAGUGUACUACUUGGGGACUGAGAAAAUAUACUCUCUGGAUAUGGAGCAGGCCCGAGAAGCUAUAGGUCGACUGCUGGGCGGAGUCCCAGCACCGGGGCUGGGGAAGCUGGCUAAGGACCAUGCCCUGGUGGUGCGUCCGCGAUACGUGGAGGUGAAGGAGAUAGCCACGGGCCGCCAGUUAACGAAGACCUACCUGAAGGACAUUGCCUACUGCGCGGCCGAUGCCGACCACCCAAACGUUUUCCUCUACAUCUGCAGGCAGCAGGGCCAGCAACUGCAAUGCCGAGUGUUCUGGUGCAGCCGUGCCGAACGGGCCAAAAAAUUGACCGCCUGCUUGGCUCAUUCAUUCCAGAGGGCGCUGAGCGACUGGCAGGACACAGCAGCCAAUCACGCGCAGGCAGAAGGGUCCGAGGAGGAGGGUUCCGGAAGCACCAUGUUUUCCGUUCACCUUGCGAAAGGUGGGUCUCUAGAGGACGAGGGGCCAGGCACCUGGCAGUCCUCUGAGAGCGAUCAUGAGGAUGGUGAGCAGCAAUAAGGGCCCUAGGACCGAAGACCAGGCUGGCUCUGAUUGGCUGUAGCUUAUCCAACCGGCCCAACAACAUCCCCUGGGACUCCUGUGCUGUGGGAAAUGUCGGGAAGGACUAUAGUGAGACCGGGCAGGCUGAUGCCUGCUUCCCACAUUUUUUAUUAAAGCCCUGUGAGAGCA